AGAAAGAGCAGAGGGGAAACCACCAUGCCUGCCUCAACACAGAACCUUUAGUCACAAAUUACACCAUCGCCUUAAGAAUCUCAUCUACUGAAAGAUCUCUUUCUGAAGGCAGGCAGGCAGGCUCCUCUGUCCUCCUCCUUGGCCGAAGGCGUCGCGGGACCCAGGGCCAUCACCAGCACCAGCCCCAUGGCUCCCCUGAAGGUCUGCAUCGUCGGGGCAGGGAACUGGGGAACUGUCAUUGCAAAAAUUGUAGGUCACAAUACCCAGAAUUCCACCACAUUUGAACCCACUGUAAAGAUGUGGGUAUUUGAAGAGAUAAUCAAUGGUCGGAAACUCUCUGAAAUAAUAAACCAAGAUCAUGAAAAUGUGAAGUAUCUCCCAGGGCAUAAGUUACCUCGCAAUGUGGUUGCUGUACCAAGUCUAAAAGAAUCAGCAGAGGGAGCAGAUAUCCUAAUAUUUGUUGUCCCUCAUCAGUUCGUUCCGAAAAUCUGUGACGACCUUGCUGGCCACAUAAAAGCAAGUGCCAUUGGGAUUUCCCUGAUCAAGGGUAUAGACAAAACCCCCGAUGGACUGAAACUCAUAUCUGACAUCAUCCGAGAGAAACUAAAGAUAGAUGUUAGUGUGCUCAUGGGGGCCAACAUCGCUAAUGAAGUGGCAGAUGACAUGUUCUGUGAAACCACCAUAGGUUGCAAAAAACCUGAAACUGGGAAGAUCUUUAAAGAAUUAAUUCAAACCCCAAACUUCAGAAUUUCGGUGGUAGAUGACUGUGAUACUGUGGAACUCUGUGGGGCCUUAAAAAACAUUGUGGCAGUGGGAGCUGGUUUUUGUGAUGGAUUAGGCUUUGGAGACAACACCAAAGCAGCCGUAAUUCGUCUGGGACUAAUGGAGAUGAUUGCCUUUACAAAACUAUUCUGCAAAGGCAAUGUAUCAAUAGAUACAUUUCUGGAAAGUUGUGGAAUUGCAGAUCUGGUCACCACAUGCUAUGGGGGACGGAAUAGGAAGGUGGCUGAAGCUUUUGCAAUUGGUGAAAAGACAAUCGAGCAGCUGGAAAAAGAAAUGUUAAAUGGACAAAAGCUGCAAGGACCUCAGACAUCAGCAGAAGUCUAUAAAAUCCUGAAGCAGAAGAAAAUGGUUGACAAGUUUCCGUUAUUUGUAAAUGUCUACCUGAUCUGCUAUAAAGGAAAGUCUGUCAAAGAGUUCAUCACUUGCAUGCAGAAUCAUCCGCAUCACAUAUAAGAUGUGUUGUGCUUACCAGUUAAGAAUCCCUCUGAUCAAGGCUUUGUCAACAUGAUGGUGAUGAAUAAAAGCAAGGAAACAAAAUAA